GAAGACGCUCAUAACGUUCAUCGGCGCCUGCUUGCCCAUCGAGUCCGCUUCGGCGUUGCAGAUGGGAUGUCUAGGCGCAGUGGUUCUGGGGGCGCAGUUGCUGUACUGCCGCUGCCACCCUUACCACACCUCUGAGUGGAACUGGAUCGAGAUCAGCUUGCUGUCUGCGGCGAUGGUCAUGAUCAUCGGUGUGUCAACCUUGCUUGCCAAUGAGGCCCACUGGGGACAUACACUGCCCACACAGCUGUCGAUCAUCCUGGGCACUGCGUUGAUCGCGGCCGUCGCCAGUACGACCAUGACAUACCUGGUGAUCAAAGAGCUCAUCCGGGAGCACUCCCAAAAGUGA